AUGCGCCUCCGAACAACGACAUCCCAAAAAUCUCAACUCCAAAAGGUCAUUGAUAUUGUCGACGAUCAGCGCAUCUCGAAGGGGGCACUCCGCGCUCGAAAAUCUCCGCCUGCCUCGACACCCAUUGAAGACCAAUGUCUCGUAUAUAACUGGGAAAUCGCAAUCCGAGACUCGAUAACCAAUAUCAUGGCAUCCUGGGCCCCCGCUCGGCCGGCUCUGAAGGCCCUGGCCUCAUUAUCGACAACGACUCCCGCCCGACUAUUCAGCACAACUCUUCCUCAGCAGACCAAGACGAUCAAGUCACAUCUUCUACCCAACCGUCUGAUCCCCCCAUACCCCUAUGGCGAGCGAAGAGUCUACAAGCAGUCCAACAAGGGUCUAUACGGCUCAGCGAGAAUUCGUUUCGGCAACACUGUUGCGGAAAAGUACAACAACAAGGCCCGUCGAUUCUGGCGUCCAAACGUUCACGUCAAGGUCUUCAGGCUACCCGCCAUACAAGCCAACGUCAAGACCCGCCUCACACUCCGAGUUCUCAAGACCAUCCGCCGAGAGGGUGGUCUCCAGGAAUAUCUUCUAAAGAGCAAGCCCGCCAGGAUAAAGGAGCUUGGCCCCGGUGGCUGGAACUUGAGAUGGCUGCUCAUGCAGUCCAAGGACAUUCAGAAGCGGUUUAAUGAGGAGCGCAUUGCUUUGGGCAUGCCGCCCAAGGAGAUUGAGGACCGGGAUGAUAUUAUCCAGUAUGCACUCGAUUUCGCUACUCCGGGCCCCCUAAGCAAGCGUAGUCAAGCAACUCUGGGUGAACUUCUGGCGCGGGAGUUUGUGUUGGGUGACGAGGAUUUGGCUGAUUUGGAGGGCAUUCAAGAGUUGUCAGACGAGGACGAGGCCCUGUUAUUCAAGCAGCUCGAUGCAGAGAUGGAAGCCAGAAAAACGCGAGGCGAGCAAAAGAUUACUGUGUAA